AUGGCCCGGGACCCGCUGCCGCGCUCCCGGCAGCAGUGCGAGGGCGAGGCCGCGAUCGAGGCGCGGAGCCCUCGGCGGUCGAGCGGGCCCGCCGCGGUCCGGGCCGUGACGCUGGCGGGAAGGGCCCGCUCCCGCUCGCCCGUGGUGCGGCAGCGCUCGCCUCCCAUCGGCCUGUCGCCGCAGAGGACCGCUCGGGGGGCGGCGCUGACGCCGGCGGAGAGCCGGGCUGUCCGGCUGGAGGCCGAGAUCCAGUGCGCGCGGAUGCAGUUGGCGGAGGAGCUCGCCAGGUCCUCCGACGCCGAGCAGGCGAUCCAGGAGCAGGUGCAAACGAUGAUCAAGGGGACGGAUCUGGAGAAGGAGAUCUUGACGAACGAGCUGGAGGAUAUCAAGACGAACGCGCCGCAGGUGACGCGCAUCACCCCGCUGAGCAGCGAGAGAGUUUCGGAUAACGAGCCCACGAGCAGCGUCCAGGAGGCACUGCCGGACGGUAUCAAGCAGGCGGCCGGUGCUUUCCAUAUCAGCUUCUACAAGCACGCCGAUAUCGUUUCGGGGCAGCCAGAGUUCGUGCCCGACUGGAGCGAAUGA